UUAUUAAAGUGGCAUUAUUAAAGCGACUAGUGAUCGAUGUAUUAGCUACAUAACCUAAUUUUGCAACCUAAACUAUCAUAGGUUUCCAGCUUUGUUAUAGUCAGCUGGAAAAAAAUAGGUAGAUCUUGGACUGUGAAGUCAUUAUAGCCAUGACACAGACCGUAACGUCUGAACAUUGAUUUUGGCAUGUUCAAUGUUUGAUGCAGUAAGAAAUACAAAAAAUAUCUCAGCCUUAAAAAAAAUAUAUAUAUAAUGUGUUAAAGUAUGAGGUAAACAUAGUUUGAAAUGCAAGCUAAACGUUAACCAUUCAGCCAGCGCCCGCCCUACGUAAAAUGUAUGAACAUCCCUGACUAUCGAUUUGCUGUUUACAAAAUUGUUUCAAUUAUAUUGACUGAGACAACGGUCAAUCGACCUCUUCCGGGUCACGUUUGCUUGUAAACAGAAAGCACGAUAUCUUACUGUAAAUUUAACUCUUUUGCUAAUAAGGAGGGGGCGUCAACUGUCUGGCAGCUGUAGAAAGUUGGACCUUCAAGUGCAACCAUUCCACACAUCAAACCCCCACUAUCAACAUGGCAGGGAUUGGCAGACUGUCAACAAAGGGCUCAGUACUCUUACUGUGUGACAUGCAGGAGAAGUUCAGACCCAACAUCUUCCAGUUCACCAACAUCGUCAGCAACGCAGCCAGACUGCUACAGGCAGCCCGUGUUCUGGGCAUCCCCCCCAUAGUGACAGAGCAGUACCCUAAAGGCCUGGGUCCCACGGUGCCUGAGCUGGGGGCUGGGGACCUGACAGCCCACGCCAAGACCAAGUUCACCAUGAUGAUAGAGCCAGUGGAGAAGGAGCUCAAAGCCCUGGGAGACCCCAAGAUAGCCAUCCUCUGUGGGAUAGAGACACAGGCCUGCAUCGCGUGCACGACCUUUGACCUGCUGGAGAAGGGUAUGGAGGUCCAUAUCGUGGCUGAUGCUGUCUCGUCCAGAAGUCAGACAGACCGGUUGUUUGCCCUGUCYCGGUUGAGGCAGAGUGGAGCCUUCCUGACCACCACAGAGGCCGUCCUACUACAGCUAGURCAAGAUGCCAAACACCCCAACUUUAGAGAGAUCCAGAAGCUAUUGGUCCAGCCGUCCCCUGACACAGCCUUGCUAGCCUUCUUCAGCUCUCUGUAGAGAAGACAAGCUCCUUCUUGUUGUCUGUGAAUGCAUCUGAAACACUGUGUGAACACAAGUACGGAAAUAAACCCAUGCUGCUGUUUUCCAUGCUGACUGCUGAA